AUGCCUUUGAACAUUCACGCAGAAGCACUCGAAUAUCUACGAAAGGAAUCUCUCGACAUCUACAAUCGUAUCCACUCGAUACAGGAGGACAUUGCCUUCGUUGAGAGCGUGCGGGAGGCAUAUCCGACUCUAACAUUUCUGCCAAAUUUACGAUGUGGCGCCUGGUACACGAACCCAGCACACUCCUCAAACGAACCAGCAUACUUCAAAUCCACCGACGGGCACUACAACAACUGGGGCUUCAACCUCCGGAGACCUAAUCUUCAUCUCAUCACCGUUGCAUCGAGGACUAACGGGCUGAUACUCGUUGACUCAACGAGAGCGGGAAAGCGUAUACCAGACGCUCUGUCCAAGACGGUACCGAUCUGGUGUGCUGUAAUCAAUCGGGCUAUCAGACUCCGACAUUCACAUCGACAGAGUGAAGCAAGCUCAGACCAGACGAGCGAGAUGUGGGAUUCAGCUCUAUAUACGCCACCUGGAGUGAUCAGCCCGCAGGAGCAUAUGCAGAUCGAGGGGAGGUUGGAUAAGUGGGCUGAGGAGCUUGCUGCAUCUUCCUAUACACUCCCGGAUAUUCCGUACCCGCUACGUCCCCUUUGGAUCACACCGGCCACACGAACGUUUCCCUCUGUACCUCUUCAGUCAUCCUCGUCGUUGUCGUCAGACGAUAGUGUCACACCAAUGUAUAUUCCGAUUAUCUGCGUUUCUGCGUCGAGACAAGUUCAGGAGGGUAUCGAGAGAAGAUCGCAAGGGUUCUCAUAUGUUCAAGGUUCAGGGGACGACCACGAGCUUUGGGGUAUGGGCUUAACACCAGACCUCUUUUGGAAACACGGUUCUACCCUCCUCGACGCUUCUCGCCAAGAUCUUGAAGGGAUUGUACGACGUAUCGUAACCGAAGCCUCGACGUCCUCAAGUAGAGGUAACAGGAAAAAUCCACCAUCACGGAUCGCGAAGGUAGAUGGGCGGAUACUAGUGUGCUCUAUAGAGGAUCUGCCGGUAGACAUGUCUUCGUCGUCUAUGCUUCCACACGACGAUAUUCCAAGCGAUCGGGAUACGGCCUUUCUCAUCAUCUCGCCACCUCCCCUCUCAUCCCAAUCCGCUUCAAGUUCAGCUCCACUCCCUGAACAGGCCACCAACACCAAUCUUACCUUAGGAUCUCGUUCCUCUACUCCACCCCAACCAAAGAUCCUUCACCUCUACCUCGACUCCGGGAAAAAAGGCCAACACUCUUUCCUCCACAGCGUUCUCCCGCAAUCUCUUGACUUCAUUUCGUCCCAUCUCGCACAAGACCGACGACAACAGGGGGAAGAGGAAGGAGUAUAUCGAGGUCGGGACGUCUGUAUCGCCUGCGAAUCGGGCAAAGACGCGAGCGUGGGUGUGGCGGUAGCGGCGUUGCAGAUCUUGUUUGAUGACGAGGGGCGGUAUCGAGGCGCUGAGUCGGACGGUUUGGUUGGUGGACGUAUUGGUACAGAAACAGCUGCGACGAAGCAGAGCAUCCGCAGACGGCUGGAAUGGAUUAUUGCGUCGAGACCACAGGCUAAUCCUUCCAGAACGACGUUGAAGAGAGUUAAUGACUUCUUACUUUCCUCGCAGAGUCAGAUAUCGAUGUUUAGACGAACAAUCUGA